CUCCUGAGCCCAGCGAGGUCUUUCGGCAAAUUGUCGCCCUGUCCAUGGCCUCAAACGCUCUCUAUAAGUUGAAAGGCCGCCGAGACGCUCUCCUACAUUGCAUACAGACCAAGUUACCUGGCAUUGUCUCAGCUAUCAGCGGCCAGUGGACAGUGCUGCGCCGGAACGAUGAAGAAACCGGGCCUAGUAACACGUGGUUUAUCGCGCAUAGCCCGAGCGUCCUCUUCGAUGAUGGGAAAGAACAUGAGGCAUACGUGAUAGCUAUCGCUGGGACGAAUGCCAACGCAGGUUCUGGUGGCUGGGAAGAAAACCUCGGGGUUGGCGAAGUAGUGGACUUUCCCGCGUGGGUGACAAGCGGAAUCACUCAACCUCCGGUGCCAGUGAACUACGUAGACGUUGUUCCAGCUGGGACAUAUGUGGCCAAUGGAACGGCCACUGGUGUGCACACCCUACUUUCCGAGUGUUGCCUUCAAGGCUCAGCUUCAGCGGGUCUCACACUCUAUGAAUACCUGACUGGCAUAACCGCAUCGGAGUCAACGAGAGUGGUGUUCACGGGACACAGUCUCGGCGGGGCCUUGUCUCCUACGUUAGCACUUGCGCUUGCCAGAUCGGGUGCCCUGAAAGGGGAGGCGCUGGUGUAUGCCACCGCUGGGCCAAGCCCCGGCAAUAGCGGCUUUGCAAAUCUCUUUGCAGAAACUUUUCCAACGUCCCCGAGCACAUGCCCUGAGACUCCAUAUGCAGUCUGGAACAGAAACAUCAUCAAUUCUCUCGAUAUCGUACCGCAGGCGUGGUGCACGAACCCCAUACUAUCACCUGCGCAGAACAUGAACAACAUUCCGCCCAUAUACGGCGUUCCAGUUAUACCACUUGUCGCAGCCGUCAUCUUUGGCCUCAAACUCAGUGCCAACAGGUCACGCACGGUGUACAUCCCACUCCAGAGCUGCAUCCUUUCCGGCAUCAAACCUCAAACGGUCCCAGGAACUAAGACUGCGUUUAUGCAUGAUGCAUUGGAUCAACACACUACGUUUUACACCGGCGUAUUUGGUGUGGGGUCGCCAGAGUUGGAGUGCGAUAAGCUCACAAAGAAGACGGAGGAAGAGAUGUUCCUUGAAUAUCCUGUUAUUGGUGACAUUAAGUGGGUAGAGGAACACCCAGCUGAAGUGGAGGUCGCAGUGUCCGCGUUGCAAGGCGAGUGAGGGUACACCCGACGACGGUGAGGAGUAGCAUUCGGAUGGGCCUCGGAGCGAGUGUACGUUAAGCAAUUUGUAUGUAUGAUUUGAGGGCAACUGUGAUAAGUACGUUUGUGGUGAUUCUGAAUGAAAAAA